AUGAUACGAAUCUUUUAUCGAGCGACACCUCGCUCGACUUUGCGAUGGCAAAGAAAAGUGUGUGCAUUCAGCACCUCUCGGCGGUUGUUGGAAGAUCCGCGACUUCAGAACAUCGGGCGCCGCAUUGAAGACGAAUUUGCAAUUAUACGAAACCACUAUGGUAUUAAACACACACUUGUUCUCGCACACGGUUUACUUGGCUUCAAUGAGCUUAAAUUGGCUGGAAACAUGCUCCCUGGAAUACAAUAUUGGAGAGGCAUAACCGAAGCACUGUCUGCGAAAGGCGUAGAGGUCAUUGUUGCCGCCGUUCCACCGUCUGGAUCGGUAGAGGCGAGGGCAGAGAAGCUUGCGGAGAGCAUAUCGGCUCAGGCGAAAGGCAAGGAUGUCAACAUCAUAGCUGGACUCGACUCUCGAUAUAUGAUCAGCUGUUUGAAACCAACCGACUUCAACGUUCUAUCUCUGACAACCAUUGCCACGCCGCAUCGUGGCUCCGCAUUCGCGGACUACAUGUUCGAGUCGAUCGGAGCCCGCCAAAUCAAGCGCAUCUAUCAGAUCAUGGAGUACAUUGGUCUGGAAACCGGCGCUUUCUCUCAACUGACGUGUAGCUACAUGCAAGAUUCGUUUAAUCCAAGAACUCCAAACGUUGAUGGCGUGAAGUAUUACUCCUACGGCGCUUCGCUUGAACCUUCUGCCUGGUCAGUCUUUGCUGCCUCUCACGGCAUCAUAAAGCGUAUUGAAGGUGGUUUGAAUGAUGGGUUGGUCAGUGUCUCAUCAAGUCAAUGGGGCCAGUAUCAAGGAACAUUGAUUGGUGUAAGCCAUCUGGAUCUGAUCAAUUGGACAAACCGCUUAAAAUGGUGGAUUUGGGAAUUGACUGGCGGCAAAAGAAAUUUCAAUGCCAUUGCAUUAUAUUUAGAUAUAGCCGAUAUGUUAGCGAAGAAAGGCCUUUGAGUGGUUUCGCACAAUAUGCAACCACAUUUGUGUGAGGAAUGAGGGGAAGGUCAAAUAUCAGCCCCCGAAUCGAAAGCAUAAGUCCGCGUCAGCAGUUUCGAAUGAGCCCUUUGAGCUGAAGAUGCAUUCCUACAAACUGGUGAGUUGGCCCUGAAAGACUGGUAAAAGGGGAAAGGUGCCUUGAACAGUUGGGCUGCGCCACAUCCGACUUUCCGCAGUAAAGCUCUUUUGGGAACCCGAACACACAAACGGACUUGGGCGUAAUGUUGUUUACAGAUGCGAAAUCAUGUCACCAUGUCGCGUCUAUUGUAAAGCGUACAUAUUGACAAUUCAAAAGACUUAUAGAUGUCUUAGAUUAUUUGGACGUUACAAGGUAUUGGAAGUCUAUAAUUAAGAAAAAU